UUCACAUGCGGUACUUGGGAUGCCAGCUUUAUCUCCUACAAUGACCCAAGGUAAUAUUGCAAAAUGGAGGAAGAAAGAAGGAGAUAAGAUAGAAGUGGGUGAUGUACUAUGUGAAAUUGAAACUGACAAAGCUACACUUGAAUUUGAAACUCUUGAAGAGGGAUUUCUCGCUAAGAUAUUGGUACCUGAAGGUUCAAAGGAUGUGCCUGUUGGACAACCAAUCGCUAUUACAGUUGAGGAUGCAAAUGACAUUCAAAAUGUUCCUGCUUCUGUGGGGGUUGAGACUAGGAUUGAAGAGAAGAAACCAACACCCCAGGAUGUCACAGAUGAAGAGAGGAAACCAGAAUCAACUUCUACUUCAAUUAAUGCAUCAGAGCUUCCACCUCAUGUCCUUCUUGAAAUGCCAGCUUUGUCCCCAACAAUGAACCAAGGAAACAUUGCUAAAUGGAGGAAAAAAGAAGGAGACAAGAUUGAAGUGGGUGACAUAUUAUGUGAGAUAGAGACAGACAAAGCUACCCUUGAAUUCGAAACUCUCGAAGAAGGGUACCUGGCUAAGAUACUUGCACCAGAAGGUUCAAAAGAAGUGGCAGUGGGACAACCUAUUGCAAUAACAGUUGAAGAUGCAAGUGAUAUUGAAGCUAUAAAGAGUUCUAUUAGCAGCAGCUCAGCAAGCCAACCGGAGAAGGCCACCCCACGUGACACUAAAAGUGAAGUCAAAGCACAGAAAAGCAAUACAAAACGAAUCAGUCCAGCUGCAAAGUUGCUAAUUACCGAAUAUGGAUUGGAUGCAUCAACGUUGAAUGCAUCUGGUCCUUAUGGCACCCUACUGAAAGGGGAUGUUCUUUCUGCUAUUAAGUAUGGAAAAUUGUCUCCCAAACCUACUUCGUUUAAAGAAAAGGCAUCACCAUCUCAAAGUCAUCAGCAAGUUGUAGCUUCACAACAGUCAAAGCCUGACUCGAAACAGCAAGAUGCUUAUGAAGAUUUUCCUAAUAGUCAAAUUCGCAAGGUGAUUGCCAAGAGGUUAUUGGAAUCAAAACAAAAUACACCACACUUAUAUGUAUCAUCAGAUGUUACACUGGAUCCUCUUCUUUCCCUUCGAAAGGAUCUUCAAGAGCAGUAUGACGUUAAAGUUUCAGUGAAUGACAUUAUUAUCAAAGUUGUAGCAGCUGCUCUCAGAAAUGUACCAGAAGCAAACGCAUACUGGAAUGCUGAGAAGGGUGAGGUCAUUUUAUGCGAUUCUGUUGACAUAUCCAUAGCAGUUGCCACUGAAAAGGGCUUGAUGACUCCAAUAAUAAAAAAUGCUGAUCACAAGACAAUAUCUGCGAUCUCCAAAGAGGUCAAGGAACUAGCUGCAAAGGCACGUGCAGGCAAGUUGAUGCCACAGGAAUUCCAAGGGGGGACUUUUAGCAUUUCAAACUUAGGAAUGUUUCCUGUGGAUAAAUUUUGUGCCAUUAUAAACCCCCCACAGGCUUGCAUUCUUGCGGUAGGGAGAGGCAACAAAGUUGUGGAACCAGUAAUUGAAGCUGAUGGAAUUGAGAAGCCAUCAGUUGCCACUAAGUUGAACUUAACAUUGUCUGCUGAUCAUCGGGUUUUUGAUGGCAAAGUUGGAGGUGCAUUUCUCUCUGCUUUGCAGUCAAACUUCAGUGACAUAAGACGACUUCUUUUAUAAUGACAUGCAGCAAAUGUUCUUGUUACUUGAUUGAACUUCUCAUGACUAAUCAAGUAGAUUCACCCCAACCUGGAUCAAGCUUGCAUAGCACCAUUUUUGUCAUUUAUAAUUUUAUCUCCUUAUCUUAAAGUUUUCAGAUAAAGAUUUCCUCCACCCCACACUCGCUAGUCGGGUUUAACGAGGAGUAUUUUUUUUUUUUAUCUAAAAGUUUUCGAUUGUUGUGCCUUAUCAGUUUUUGGAAAAUAAUAUCUUGGGUCUAGUUACCAAAUAUCCUGAGAAAAUACCUGUCAAAGUACCAUGUAAAAUUAGGUUUCCAACGAUUGAGAUUCAAGCAGGUUGGAAAUUUUGUUCAUUAGGCAAUCUGAUGCCCUUUGAUGUUUUAAUUUUGUAUGAACAGCUUUGUAUAGACAUACCAACAUUUUGAUGAAUAAGAAUUCCUUUCAUGUGCUGCAUAUCCGACUUAAGUGAUGGGAAGAUUUGUCACAA